AUGUCUGGCAUCGCGCUCAGCCGGCUCGCCCAGGAGAGGAAGGCCUGGAGGAAGGACCACCCCUUCGGUUUUGUAGCUGUACCAACAAAAAAUCCAGAUGGCACGAUGAAUCUCAUGAAUUGGGAAUGUGCUAUUCCAGGCAAGAAAGGGACACCGUGGGAAGGAGGCCUAUUUAAAUUACGGAUGCUCUUCAAGGAUGAUUAUCCCUCUUCGCCACCAAAAUGCAAAUUUGAGCCCCCUUUAUUCCACCCGAAUGUGUACCCUUCAGGCACAGUGUGUCUGUCCAUCCUAGAAGAGGAUAAGGAUUGGAGGCCUGCCAUCACAAUCAAACAGAUCUUGUUAGGAAUUCAAGAACUCCUAAAUGAACCAAAUAUUCAAGACCCAGCUCAAGCAGAGGCCUACACAAUUUACUGCCAAAACAGAGUGGAAUAUGAAAAGAGGGUUCGAGCACAAGCCAAGAAAUUUGCGCCAUCAUAAGCUCCUGUCAUGCCGCAUCUUAAAGGAAGGGAUUAAUUUGGCAAGAACUUGUUUACAAAACUUUUGCAAAUCUAAUGUCGCUAUGUAAAAUUAAUAGUCACUUAGGGGAGGGGGUUGUAUGUGUGCCAUUUUUCCAUAUUCGCCACUUGUAUACAGCUCUAAAUUUGCUGAAUUGCCCCCAGUUUUUUCAUACAGGGUCUCUUCCUUCAGUCUUUUGUAUUUUGAUUGUUAUGUAAAACUGGCUUUUAUUUUAAUAUUGAUGUCAGUAUUUCAACUGCUGUAAAACUAUGAACUUUUAUACUUCUACGAAUUCACUAGUAUCUCCUAGUUUCUUUGCUCUCUGAUGCAGGCAUGCU